CGCAGGCGCAGUAGCCGGGCGGAAAACAGCUCUUGUAGUUUUUUUACAAACUCUUCGAGGCUGGGACUUCUCCGCUGGUUAAAUACCCAAAGCUAAGACCUUGUUCUUCGUUGGUCAAGCUACUCGAGGUUGGUCUGCCAGAGUGAUGGCGCUCCCUUUCCGGAAAGACUUGGACAAAUACAGGGAACUCGAUGAAGAUGAAAUUUUGGGCAAGUUGUCUGAAGAAGAACUGAAGCAACUGGAAACUGUCCUGGAUGACCUUGAUCCAGAGAACGCCCUGUUGCCAGCGGGAUUCCGGCAGAAGGACCAGACUUUGAAAAAACCCGGAGGGGCUUUUGAUCGAGAAAAGCUGCUGUCAUUUUUGGAGAAACAAGCUCUGGAGCAGAAAGAUGUUGAGGAGGUUGUGCCUUAUACAGGAGAAAAGAAAGGAAAAGUUUUUAUUCCCAAACAGAAACCAGUACAGUCUUACGUGGAAGAAAAAGUGGCACUUGAUCCCGAACUGGAGGAGGCGUUGAUAAGCGCCACUGACACAGAACUGUGUGAUCUUGCAGCCAUCCUGGGAAUGAACAACUUGAUAAGUAGCUCCCAGUUCCAGGAUAUUGUGGGAAGCAGCAACGGUGUCGCCAAUGAAAGUUUCACAAAUGUAGUUAAAGGGGAAAAGGUAAUCCCGGUUUUUGAUGAACCACCAAACCCCACAAACAUGGAAGAGAGUUUGCAGAGGGUUAAAGAUAACGAUCCAAGCCUUGUUGAAGUAAACCUGAACAACAUCAAGAAUAUCCCUAUCCCGACUCUAAAAGAAUUUGCCAAAGCCCUGGAGAUGAACACCCACGUGAUGAGCUUCAGCCUCGCAGCCACUCGGAGCAAUGACCCCGUGGCCGUUGCUUUUGCGGACAUGCUCCGUGCAAACAGGACACUGAAAAGCCUCAACCUUGAAUCCAACUUCAUCACCGGCGCAGGCAUUCUGGCCUUGAUAGAGGCACUGAGAGAGAACGAAACCUUGACAGAGAUCAAAAUUGAUAACCAGAGGCAGCAGCUCGGGACACCCGUAGAAAUGGAGAUUGCCAAGAUGCUUGAAGAAAACGUCAAGAUCCUUAAGUUUGGGUAUCACUUCAUGCAGCAGGGACCCCGUACCAGAGCAGCCAACGCCAUCACGAAGAACAACGAUUUAGCCUGGCGUCUGGGAGUUAAUAUCUCUGCCGAUCUCCUUGCGUCACUUCAGCCCUGAAGCUUUCUGGAGAGGUUCUUCUUGCCCACUUGGUAUUAAGCGCUAAGGGAGAAAAACAAAAAUCUCUUGAAAAGGUCGCCUCGUUGUGUCUCCGCAUGCUUCCCUCGCACAAGUCUUGCAUGAAUUUUUUCCUUCUGCUUUUUUUUUUCCCUGUCGUUUGCUCCCGCACAAACACUCCUGCUCAGUCAGGAGCGGCUUCAGCUGCUGCUAGUGUCGUGGUUUGGCAUGACAGGGCUGUGGAGCAUGGGUGGCAGAGUGUGUACAGAGGCGGGAGCUUUCCCGGGGCUGAAAAGUACAGGGCAGGCCUCCCAAACUCCUGCAAAGGUCGCCACUGAAUGGGUGCGGUUAAUGAUAGCGAAGAGGGAGUCCAGGUAGAGCUUCUCGGUGCCUUUUGUUGAUUUAAAACCCUAACGGUAUUUUUUUGUUUGUUUGUUUCAACAUUUAACGGUGUUUUCGUUGAAAGCUGAACUAAAUCUUAACUUGGUUUUUACUUUUAAUCCCAGCCCCCAUCCAUUUCCUUGUCCCUGUGGGGCAUAGCCCCCCGUGUCCCAUUGGAUUACAGGCAGUCCUCGCUAUACGACCCCCGUUUGGAAGCAGAAUUUCAACUGCUUAAGCAAGUUUCAUGAGUCACGGCCAUUUUUAACGACCUUUUUUUUAACCCCAGCAGUUAAGCCAGGGGUCAGCAACCUUAAACUCUCAAAGAGUCACAAACAUCCUAACCGGAAGCUGCCCCCCCGCCCUCCAUUAAUUCUGUAGCUGACCAGAAGUCCGGUUCCCCCACCAUAGAGUCUCCUCCUAGCAUGGUAUCCUUUUUCCUCUGCUGA